GGCGCUGAGGACAGGCCCGCCCGCCGCAUCACCGGGACAUGGCAGCCGCCAUCAGCGCCGGCAUCCUGGGCCUGGGCCGCGGGCGCAGGGUCCCCCUGCUGCGCCGCGCGCGGAGAGCCUUCGCCUCGCAGACUGACGGGGAAGCCAGGGUGGUGCAGGUCCUCAGAGAAAAAUUCCCUCGGGCUUCGGCCAUCAAAGUAGUGGAUAUAUCAGGAGGCUGUGGAGCAAUGUAUGAAAUUCAUAUAGAAUCUGAAGAAUUUAAAGAAAAGAGAACUGUCCAGCAACAUCAAAUGGUUAAUCAGGCACUAAGUGAAGAAAUUAAAGCAAUGCACGGACUACGGAUAUUCACAUCUAUUCCAAAGCACUGAAGAUGAACCAGGCAGCGUUGUCAGAAACCUGUGUGGAGAUAGGACACCUAUGGGCAUGAGACGAAACAGGAAGUUUGUACUUUGGGAUUAUGGACUUGUUUAUCUUUAAAUCAAUAUUUAAAGUUGUUAAAACAAAGACAGUAAGUAUUUCAGAAGCUAUUUAAAGAGAGAGCCUAUUUAAUUUUAACUUGUAGAUUGAUUUCUUAUCCUUUCAUAAAGUACCUGAUGCCAAAUCUUAGUUGGUUACUUUAUCAAAAAACUAAUCACUGUAAAUCAAGGAUGGAACUGGAAUGCCAUGGUUUGUGGAGCAUAUUGCAGAGGGUAGUAUUGGCUUCCAAAGGAUCUUUCAGUACUAACAUCUAGUGGAAAAGGACCACAGCAGUGGUGAUUCUACAAAGAGAUCAUGAACCAAAAAAACCAAAAUAAGAAUGUAUGUUUUUGCUGUGUGCUUGACUAGUGUUCUGUUUUAGCUCAGAGGAAACAGGGCAGUGGGGAAACAGCAGCUUACAAAGAAAUUACUUCAGAGGCUAUAGAGUCCCCUAUUCAAUGUGCCUUCUCAGUCAAUCAUCUUACUUCAAACAUGACUUUGUAAGAGAAGCUUGCAGGAUAAUCCUGAGCUGUCUGGCACAGCUACUGAAUAUGAAAUUAAGACUGUUUCUUAUUAAAUGAAAGGCUUUGUUACAUUACUUCAGUGUGAUGUCCUUGAAAGGAUAAGGUGCUUAGGUUUCCUGUUGGGCAAAACUCAAGGCAUAAUGCUCUGAGUCUGAAUUAUGAGGAUCACCUUUCCUUCAUGCCAUGUAUGGAAGUGCUUGUUUUGCUCAAACUCCUGUGAAGUGUCAAUGUUUGUCUUUGAUAAGGCUCAGCUAUUCAACUUUUAGUUGGGCAUGUCUGUGCCUUAAGUUCAAGCUUUCUCAUGGCAGAUUUAAUUGUACCUCAGCCAGUUAAUAGCUAUUCAAAUAAGUUAUAUUAAAGUUUUAUUGCAUAAUAAGUAAUUAUCUAUUCAUAUUUGGGGGAGGGGGCAAUGACUUUUCUGGUAAGCAUAUUAGUCAGUGACUGAAAUGCCUGGUAAGCAUGGAGGAAUAGUAAUUGGAAUUAGGUAAGCCAAAUCCUAGCACUGUGAUGUUGUUUUUUUUGUGUUUUUUUUUUUAUUGACAAGCCAUAUGGUAAGUAGGACACUGACUAGAGGCGCACUAAAGUACCCCUGCUCAGCCGCAUUUUAGAAGGCUGGAGUCCAGCUUCUUCCUCUGCUACGGCCACCUGUUAUCAGGUAGGGAUGUAGAGGUGCAAAGUAUUGCAUGUACUGAAGGAUUUUCCUUAGUGUUUAUGUUGCAACUGCUGCAAGACAUCUUAAUUAUACCUUACCUACCAAGACCAAGGUGUUGCACUAGAAUCUCUCUACUUAACUGAUAGCAUGUUUGCAGGUGAGUGCUUCUUGAUUCAUGAAACAAACAUGACUAGAUACAAAAUGUGUCUUGGGAGUAUAAAUUCUGAAAUGCAUAAGAUGCCUAUUGUUUAAAAUUAUUAGAUGUUAGAAUAGCUACUUAAAUCAUCUGGGAGUGGUAUAGCCAUGCUGGCCCAGUAAUAUUUUUUACUGGACCAACUUCUGUUAAAAAUAUUACCUCUCAGCUUUUUUCUAAUGAAAUUUUAGGGCCUACCUCAAUGAUUACUGCUGUGAAGGGUUCUGCCUCAUAACGCUUCAUGGAAGUAGUGGUUGAGGGAAGCUGUAGAUAAUAGUGAGUAACAUCUCAGUUACUGCCCUAAAGUUAUUGAUGCAAAGAACUUUUUUAUAGGGCUGGGAAGCUUUUUUUCUAUGUAACUUUCAUCAGAACUCUGGUGCCCACAUGUCUACUGUUGCAGUCAUUACAUUUUGUUUGAGGAGCCUGAGAUAGGCCUAACUCAGCCACCUCAUGCAACAAUUUUGAAAAAUAUCCCAUCAAAAACAUUUCUGUUCAACAGUAGCAGAGGCUAAGAGCCUCUACAGUGAUAAGCUGCUGCAGAAGAGCUGAACUAAGUUUAUACAAUGGAAAAAAGUUUUUCCACUGUAGUAAAUACCAACUGAAGUACUUUGCACACCUGUAGCACAUUUCCUGGGAGGCUAGACACUGCUUCAAUGGUAUCACCAACCCCUCUAUGGGCAACUUAAUCUUUUCUGUUUCCCAAAUAUGUAAAGUGAUCAAUCUCAUGCAGGAAGCAUAGGGUAAAGCCAGGAGUGGAACUCUGCUAAAUCUUGUGCCUGUCCUUAAAAUAUAUUAUUAGGAGCCAGAAGCAGACUGAUAAGCCUGCUGUUAGCACAGUCCAAACAAUUUAAGUUAAAAUAGAGCAAACUGCCUGUAGAUAGGGUCCUGUUUUUCCCAUUCAGUGUUGCUGCAAUCAGAGCGGGAGUUCAUCAUUCAGAAGAGAAGACAACAACUUCAGUUGUAAGUUUCUAUAGCUGCAGGAAUUUCCAUUACUUAUUUCCUUAAAGGCAUUUGCUUGUUACAGAUCUUUUGAAAAUUUUACCCUUUCCCUGAAAGUAACUUUUGGGGGGCGGGGUGGGAGAGAGAGAGAAAGCAUGAUCUGUUGUAUAAGGUGUUUCUGAAAAGAUGCAUCUCCUUUCUAGUAGUCUGAAGAACUGAGGCAACAUAAAUUAUUAGUAUGAAGUGUCCCAUCAGCUUUCCAAAAUGAACAGACAUUGAAUUCCCAUUACCCUUCUCUGAACAUUUAACUGUGGAGGUAACAACUGCAAACAGAGGACAUCAUUGGUACAGUAUAAAGAAAGAGUAAGAAGCAAUGGGCAAACACUAUACAAUGCUAUCGCCACACUGCAGAAACUGACCAUCAUUUGUGCUUGUUAUAACUGGUAUAAGCCAGUAUGUUAAAAUCCCCAGUGUUUUCACCUGUUUAAACCAGAAAAUCAUUUGAAUACCACAUGCUUUAUUAUUUGAUUGAAUGGAAGUUACAAAAGUAGAUACAAAAUAUUUUGUAAAAAGUACAAUAAAUUUACCUAAAAGUAACCAAAAAAAGCCCCAGGUAAGUAAAAACUUUAUUAUAACUAUUAAUGUAAAAAUACUAUAAAAUUUUCAUAUUAAAUUCAUUGUUAAUUUAUGCAAAUAGUUUUUGCCAUGGAGUAACUGUUUAGUCAAGUUGAAGGAAACAUGCAGAAAACACACAAGGCACAGCAGCAGUAUUGAGUUGUAGUUAAAGUUUGUCCCUAACACUGAAAGUAGCAAGAGGUCUAAAUACUGUAACCAGUUUUGAUUCACAGCACCACUCGCCUGCAAUGCAAGUUAAGAUGUAUCAGCAUUGUCUGAACAAACUUUUCUGCCUACUUGAAACAGCUGCAUGAAAGAACCUUGCAACCCUAGACCAUCCUGAGGAAGUGUGUGUAUUGAUAUAAAUAUAAAAAACUUCAAAAAGUCAAUCUAGUACAGGAUUUCUCAAACACUGUCAAUUCUUCCUUUAAUGAACAGAACAGCCUACCUCUCUAAAUGAUUAAUUUCCCUCCUGAAUUCUUAAAUUAACAGUGCAAUUCAGAAAAAUAUCUAGAAUCUGAACAGAGAAACCCAAUAGUUUUGUCAGGAGUUAGUUGAAGCAGAUCACUGGAUAUUCAGCAUUAAUUGGAUGCUUGCUGAGUUUCAAGUGAGAUCCAUCCACUAAUCUGCCCCUCAUCCCUGGAGUGACAAGUGCCUGCCCUGGAAGAGGGCAGAGAUUUGAGCUAGGAACAAAAUAUAGCUUAAAGCUAACUAGAAAAAGUUAUUUUGUCUUACAACAAAUGAAGCCUUACCUACCUUUCUCGAUCACAGCAACAUUUCUUUAUAAUGGAAGAAAAGGUUGAGUAAUCACCUAUACUGAAAUCUAUUCAUUGCAAGAAAGCUCAGAACAAAUACAUAAGCACUUAAGGUAAAACUAAAUUAUUGAAAAAGUUGCAUUUGUGCAAGGCCAGGGCAAAAGCUUGCUCAUUACUGAUACCACAAGCUUUAUUCACAGUCCUAUUAUGAGGUUUUAAAUAUGAGCAACUUACAUCAAAACAUCUCAAGCAAACCCUAGAACAGUGUGGUUUUAAACUAAGGUUAAUUUGUACAAUUUUUGACAAAUGCUGUAAACUGAAGUAGCUACUAUCUGUCCAUUUUGGAUUGGUGAAGCAGAAUGAUUU